AUGUCUGGAAACACCAAGGCCUUCUUUGAUAUCCAGUACGCCCCCGUGGGCUCCAGCGCCCCCAAGACGGGCCGUGUCGUCUUCAACCUCUUCGAGAAGGACGUCCCCAAGACUGCUAAGAACUUCCGUGAGCUCUGCAAGCUUCCCCAGGGUCAGGGUUACAAGGGCUCUACCUUCCACCGUGUCAUCCCCCAGUUCAUGCUCCAGGGUGGUGACUUCACCCGCCACAACGGUACUGGUGGUCGCUCCAUCUACGGUGAGAAGUUCGCCGAUGAGAACUUCAUCUACAAGCACAACAAGCCCGGUCUCCUCUCCAUGGCCAACGCUGGUCCCAACACCAACGGCUCCCAGUUCUUCAUCACCACCGUUGUCACCUCUUGGCUCGAUGGCAAGCACGUCGUCUUCGGUGAGGUUGCCGAUGAGCAGUCCAUGCAGGUCGUGAAGGAGAUUGAGGCUCUCGGCUCCUCCUCCGGCUCCGUCCGCUCUGCCGUCAAGCCCACCAUCGUCGACUGCGGUGAGUUGUAA